GACGUCCAAGUGGAGAUCCUCGCCGGGAUACUCCACGUCUUCUCCCUCAUUGGAUCCGCAGCCGCCGGGCGGACCUCCGACUGGAUUGGCCGCCGCUACACCAUUGUGGUAGCCUCCGUGAUCUUCUUCGCGGGGGCCAUCCUCAUGGGUUUCGCCGCCAAUUACGCUUUCCUCAUGGCCGGCCGCUUCGUCGCCGGCGUCGGAGUGGGGUACGCCCUCAUGAUUGCUCCCGUUUACACCGCCGAGGUCUCUCCAGCGUCCUCCCGUGGCAAACUCACCUCCUUCCCCGAAGUUUUCAUCAACGUCGGUAUUUUAUUGGGAUACGUGUCCAACGUUGUAUUCUCGAAGCUCCCGCUCCAUCUGACGUGGCGAUUAAUGCUCGGCGUAGGGGCAAUUCCAUCAAUCUUCCUAGGCUUCAGCGUUGUGACCAUGCCUGAGUCGCCCCGUUGGCUCGUCAUGCAAGGGCGACUUGGCGAAGCCCAAAGCGUAUUGAACCGGACAUCUGACACCCUGGAGGAGGCACAACUGAGGCUCGCCGACAUCAAGGAAGCCGCCGGAAUACCGGAACACGUCAGAGACGACGUGGUCCCGGCAACCAAAUGCCCGAAGGGCGCCGGCGGAGAGGGGGUGUGGAGAGAACUGUUCGUAUCUCCGACUCCCGCCGUCCGCCACAUACUACUCAUUGGUGUCUGCUUUCACUUCUUCCAGCAAGCGACCGGAAUCGAAACCGUGGUCCUGUACAGCCCGAGGAUAUUCGAGAAGGCCGGGAUAAAGUCCGACCACAACAAGUUGCUGUGCACGGUGGCCGUCGGAUCCAUCAAAACUCUGUUCAUAUUGAUUGCAACAUUCACUUUAGACAGAUUCGGGCGUCGGAAGUUGCUGCUGACUAGCAUCGGCGGCAUGGCGGCGUCAAUGGUGUUUCUGGCCAUAGGGUUGACGGACCACAAGGUGACGUGGGCCCUGGUGCUGAGCAUCACGAUGGUGCUGUCCUACGUGUCGUUCUUCUCCAUGGGAAUGUGGCCCAUCACGUGGGUGUACAGCUCGGAGAUAUUCCCGCUGCGGCUGAGGGCCACCGGGUGCAGCGUCGGGGUGGCGGUGAACCGCACGAUGAGCGCGGCAACGUCCAUGACGUUCAUAUCACUGUACAAAGCAGUCACCAUCGGCGGCGCGUUCUUCUUGUACAGCAGCGUCGCCGUCGUCUCGUUCGUGUUCUUCUACACGUUGAUGCCGGAAACCAGAGGGAUAACUCUUGAGGAAAUGGAGUCCCUGUUUGGGAGUUUCUUCAAGUGGAGGUCCACUCUGAAAGAGCUGGAUAAUUAUGAAGCCGCCACCGCGAAGAAGGCGGCUAACCCGCCGCAGCGGGUUCAAAUGUCGAGCUCCAAUGAUGAACACCGGCAGUCGGGAUAAUCUUAAUAACAUAUAGUUGGUUGA